AAGAGCAUGUUUCUUGACAAUUUCAUUUCCAUAUGGACCAAAAAAACACGCAUUCAUCUUCAUAGAUGCCUGUAUAAAAUAAACCGCCUGGUCGAAUAGGGUUUCGUCCCAACCCCCUUCCCUCCCUCCUUCUCUCCGAUUACGGCGUCGGCUCCCGCGUUCGGGCUCGCCGAAUCGGUCUCCGGCGAAUGGAGGAGCCGGGGCAGGUCAAGCACGCCCUGAUGGACUUGGCCGCUGGCGCAAUCGCCGGAGCGGUGUCGCGGACGGUGACGUCGCCGCUCGAUGUCAUCAAAAUCCGAUUUCAGGUUCAGCUGGAGCCGACAUCGACGUGGGCUUUGGUGGGGAGUAAUUUGCCCACGAGGUCGAAGUACACGGGGGUUCUCCAAGCGACAAAGGACAUCUUUAGGGAGGAAGGUUUGCCGGGUUUCUGGCGUGGCAAUGUCCCAGCUUUACUAAUGACUGUGCCACAUACAGCGAUACAGUUUACAGUCUUGCAAAAACUGAAAACUAUUGCAGCUGGUUCCUCAAAGGCAGAGGAUCAAGUGCAUUUGAGUCCCUAUUUGUCGUUUGUCAGUGGGGCAUUGGCUGGUUGUGCAGCUACAGUUGGUUCGUAUCCGUUCGAUCUCCUAAGAACAAUAUUAGCUUCACAGGGUGAACCUAAGGUAUACCCGAACAUGAGAUCUGCACUUCUGGAUAUAUUCAGAACUCGUGGGUUUCGAGGAUUGUAUGCUGGAUUAACUCCAACACUUAUCGAGAUUGUUCCAUAUACUGGCCUGCAGUUUGGCAUAUAUGAUACAUUUAAGCGCUGGACAGUGGUUUGGAACCAUAACAGAUCCUCCAAAACAGGCUUACAGAGCGAGGACGAUAGCCCUUUGAGUUUUCAGCUUUUUCUUUGUGGGUUUGCUGCUGGGACAUGUGCCAAACUUUUCUGUCAUCCUCUGGAUGUUGUCAAGAAGAGAUUCCAGAUUGAGGGACUUCCAAGGCAUCCGAGAUAUGGGGCGCGAGUCGAGCCAAGUACUUACCGGAAUAUGUUUGAUGCUCUAAACCGAAUCCCACGGUUGGAGGGUUGGUCAGGUCUUUAUAAGGGCAUAGUCCCUUCUACCAUCAAGGCUGCAGCAGUUGGCGCUGUAACAUUUUUCGUUUUUGAAUUAACAUCGCCUUGGUUUGAGUCAACUUUUAGCUGAUUAUUUUCUUUACUUUUUUUACCUUUUUUUUAUUCAUUUUUAAGAUAUAGAUGUUCAUAUUUUCCCCAUUAUUCUUUUCCCUAGAAAAAGAUAUGUCAAUGUCCCCCACCCCAGGGAAGGGGCUAAAAUUAUUCUAAAAUAGUCAAUAGUGUUCAAUGCAGAGGUUCCAAUCGUGAUGUAAGGCAACUAUAAAGAUAUGUGGAGUCGCGCGCAGUAGGCAAAUAUUUUGCUUUUGACAUCUUUAGAUACUGUGCUGCACAUUUUUCAGAGGAUGUUGUAAAGUUUCUCAAAGAUUGAUCGAGGUAAAGAAAUGAUCUGCUUAUCGUCUCCUACU